GGGAGAAAAGGAACCCGUGGCCCACGUGGUUUUCCUGGAGAUCAAGGAUUUAAGGGCCCACAGGGUGAAAAAGGAAUUCGUGGAGUGAAAGGAAUGAAAGGAAAUCAAGGAAGGGAAGGUUUUCCAGGUAUUCCAGGAAGAACAGGUCCAGUAGGCAUUCCUGGGAAAUUGGGACUCAGAGGGAAUAAGGGGGAGUUUGGUGAUCCUGGAACAAAGGGGGAGAGAGGAUUACCUGGACUACGGGGGCCAAGGGGGGAUAAUGGUGCAAUUGGAUAUGGUAAGCCAGGAAAUAAAGGAAUAAAGGGGCAAAGAGGAUUUCCUGGAGGUGUAGGGCAGAAGGGUGAUGUUGGCAACACUGGAAUUCCAGGAGAAUUUGGGCCAAAAGGGAUCCGUGGGCAAAGGGCAAGUGAUUAA